AUGAUGUCCAAACUUGGUUCCCCAUUGGGGUCGCCAACCUUGGCCGCCACCACAGCUCAGUUCCGCAACCGCCUACCAACACAGUUCCGUCGUUGCCUCCCAAUAUACGUUGCCGCCAUCAUCCUCAUCUUCUUCACCUUUAACCUGAAUCUUUUCCACUCGCGUGUUCGCGAAGUCACCUCGAACGCCGCCGCCCUCGCCCGUCCACCGGUCCCGGUGGUGGCUGCGCCAGCUGUGCCCAUCACGCCAGUAGGACCAGCUCAGACCCCCAAAGCCGUCCGCACCGAGUUCCCCAGAAAGAUUUGGCAGACAUGGAAGGUCAACCCUCUUAGAUUCGAGGAGCGUGACAUCAAUACCGCCCGCUCAUGGGUUGGCAAGAACCCCGAUUACCGAUACGAGGUGUUGACUGACGACAAUGACAUGAAGUACGUCGAGUGGCACUUUGGCCCCGAGGGCUUCAACCGCCCCGACAUUGUCAACUUUUACCGCGACGUCAAGGCUGCCAUUGUCAAGGCCGAUCUCCUCCGCUACAUCGUCAUGUAUGCCGAGGGUGGUCUGUACGCCGAUAUCGAUGUCGAGGCCUUGAAGCCUCUCUCCAAGUUCAUCCCCGACCGUUACAACGUCAAGGAUAUCGAUAUGGUUAUUGGCGUCGAGAUUGAUGAGCCUGACUGGAAGGAUCACCCCAUUCUUGGUCCCAAGUCGCGUUCUUUCUGCCAGUGGACCUUCAUGUGCAAGCCCCAGCUGCCCGUCAUGAUGAGACUUAUUGAGCAGAUCAUGACAUGGCUGAAUGGUGUUGCCAAGGAGCAGAACGUCCCUCUUGCCGACGUCAAGCUCGAUUUCGACCAGAUCAUCAGCGGUACUGGUCCGUCUGCCUUCACCACCGCCAUUCUCGCCGAGAUGGAUCUUCACAAGGAGGACCCCAACAUCAAGGUCGACUGGGAUCUCUUUCACGACCUCCAGGAAUCCAAGCUCGUAAGCCGCACCCUCGUCCUCACCGUCGAGGCUUUCGCUGCCGGCCAAGGCCACUCGGAUUCAGGCAACCACGACGCCAGAGCUGCUCUCGUCAGACACCACUACCACGCUUCCAACUGGCCCAGCAGACAUCCCCGCUACAGCCACCCUGCCUAUGGUGAGGUUGAGAAGUGCAACUGGAACGAUGAGUGCGUCAAGACCUGGGACAAGAACGUCGAGGCCUUUGCCAAGAUGACCGAGGAGGAGCAGAGGAAGAUUGUCGCGCAGAAGGAGCAAGAAAGGAAGGAGGCCGCCGAGAAGGCCAAGGCUGAAGAGGAGAAGAGAAAGAAGGACCGUGAGGAGGCCGAGAAGAGGAAGAAGGAGGAGGAGGAAAAGAAGAGGAAAGAAGCCGAAGCGAAAAAGGCCGAAGCCCAAGAGGCCAAGCGCAAGGAGGAAGAGGAGAAGAGAAAGGAGGAGGAAAAGAAGGGUUGGCUGCAUUUUUCAUGA